AUGAAUUACAUCAUUUGGAAUAGCAGGGGUGCAUUAAAACCCAAUUUUCAAAGUCAUGUGAAGGAGUUGGCUCGUGUUCAUGAUCCGGCGGUUUUUGUGGUUAUGGAAACUCAUUUGGGAGAGGAGAGAGCAAAAGGCAUUACAGAUAGAUUGCCUUUUGAUGGAGCGAUUCAUACGGAUAUGAUUGGCCGUACGGGGGGAUUAUGGCUUCUUUGGAAUUCAGACAAAGUAGAAGUUACUCUUAUGGAAAAAACAGAGCAGGAAAUUCAUGUUACCAUUAAGGUACGUAAUUCCAAUCUGUCUUGGUUAUUUUCAACUAUCUAUGCUAGUCCUAAGUUUGCUGAAAGGUCUAUUCUGUGGAAUAAUCUAAUAAAUGUUGCGGAGUUGCAUAGCAUGCCUUGGGUUAUUGCAGGGGAUUUUAAUGAGCCUCUCUCUAGUGCUGAUAAGUUAGGAGGAAGAGAUGUCAGCAUCAGGAGGUCUCUCCUUCUAAAGGACUAUCUGGACAGAUGUAAUAUGAUAGACCUAGGGCUCUCAGGUUCUAGGUUUACUUGGGCCAAUCGUAAAGAUGCCCACAUUCUCAUCCAAGAAAGAAUAGAUAGAUUUUUUGUAAAUUCUAGUUGGUGCACUCUCUACCCUGAAGCUAAGGUUACCCACCUAACUCGCUGUCACUCAGACCACUGUUCGGUUCUUCUGGAAACCAGGCCUUCUGAGUGGUCCAAACCUAAUAUGUCAUUCAAGUUCCAGAGCUUCUGGCUUUCUGACCCCUCCUUCCCUAGGGUUGUCCAGCAAGCUUGGAGUCAAGGCCUUCACCUUCAAGAUGCUAUUGCUAAAUUUUUGCAGGAUGCCUCAGAAUGGAAUAAAGUCCAUUUUGGUAAUAUCUUUGCAAAAAAGAGAAGGAUUAUGGCCAAGUUGGAUGGAAUUCAGAGAAGUUUAGCUAUUAGGCCGUCUCAAAAUCUUGUUAUGUUGGAAAGGCAUCUCCAUGUUGAGCUGGCUUGUGUUCUCAGCCAAGAAGAGGAACUUUGGGCUUUGAAAUCUAGAGUGAACUAG